UCCAAGCUCGUCGUUGUCGACUUUACCGCCAGUUGGUGCGGCCCAUGUCGCAUGAUCGCUCCCACUUUCGAGUCCCUGGCAAAGAAGCAUACAGGCUCGGUAUUCCUCAAGGUCGAUGUCGACGAGAAUGCAGCUGUAGCCCGCGCCUACUCCGUCUCUGCAAUGCCUACCUUUGUCUUCCUCAAGAACAAGUCCGUCAUCGAGACAUUGCGAGGAGCCAACCCUUCACAGCUCACCUCUCUCGUCGAG